AUGGAGUCCUCGGUGCGGGACAGCCUGCAGCUGCAGCUGGUGGAGAUGGAGAUGCUGCUGUCCAUGUUCCCGGGCCCCGGCGAGGUGCGGCUGGAGGACGUGAACGCGCUGACAGCGGUGAGGAGGUUCCUGGGCGGUGCCAGGGAGGCGCUGCCGCCGCGCAUUGAGUUUGAGAUCACGCUCCAGAUGGAGGAACCCAAGGUGACAAUUGACCUGCAGGUGGCCAUGCCGCACCUCUACCCGUUCGCGGCGCUGCAGCUGUUCGUCCGGUCCCCGCAGCUGGACCGCGCGCAGCAGCUGCUCCUCAACGACGACCUCACCGCCUACCUGGGCGCCUUCGACCCCGGGGAGCUGUGCGUGUGCGCCGCCGUGCAGUGGCUGCGGGACCACGGCGCCGCCUACUUCCUCCGCCCCAAGCCAGAGAGCGCGCCGUCGCCGCGCGCCAAGCCCGUCAAGAACACCUUCCUGCGCAUGUGGAUCUACAGCCACCACAUCUACCAGCAGGACCUGCGCAAGAAGAUCCUGGAAGCGGGGAAGCGGCUGGACGUGACCGGCUUCUGCAUGACGGGCAAGCCGGGCAUCAUCUGCGUGGAGGGCUUCAAGGAGGGCUGCGAGGAGUUCUGGCGCACCAUCCGCUACCCCAGCUGGAGGCACAUCUCCUGCAAGCACGCCGAGAGCGUGGAGACCGAGGGCGACGGCCACGACCUGCGCCUCUUCCACUCCUUCGGGGAGCUGCUGCUGGAGGCGCACGGCGACUACGGGCUCCGGAAGGACUACCACAUGGACCUGGGCCGCUUCCUGGAGUUCCUCAAGAAGCACAAAAGCGAGCACGUCUUCCAGAUAUUGUUUGGCAUUGAGAGCAAAAGUUCGGACGCCUAGGGACGCAGGUGCAGAGGCCGGGCUGGUCCCCCCCACCCCCGGCCAGCCCGUCCGCCAACCACACCCACGACGAAAGGCCAUCUGGACCCCAGAGACAGAAACCUGCCCAGCCCCAGACUUCUCCACUGCUCGUGGAACAAACAGGCCUUUUUCCCCUUGCUGUCAGCGCCAUUGUGAUGUCCCUCCGCUUCCCGUGUUGUCAUUCGAAUACUAUUUCCUUGUAAAUUAAU